AGUCAAGCUCCUCCCUCAUCCGCCGCGGAACCCCUCGUCCCUUCCCCUCCCACCCUCCCCCAGAUCUGGCCAGAGUUCCUUUGCGAAUUUCUGCAGGUGUCCAACUUCCCUCCCCAAGUGGUAGACUUGAAGGCAAGGCCUCUCAUUACAUAACAACUGCAAGGCGAGUCUCAUCCAAGAGCCUUCCAUCCUUCUCUAACAUUUCCCCUUCCCAGCUUCAGACGAGAUCGUGACCUAAGGACUUGUAAUAGCCAAGCCAAAGCCCAGAGAUGGAAGCAGACAAGGUCACAGAAGCGCCUCAUGCCACCAUGGAAACAGAGAAGCACCCCUCUUCAAAGGACCCCUCCGCCGAGGACUCACAGGAGCCCCCUAUCCCUGAAACAGGCUUUGAGCCUUCCAUCUCUAAGACCCCUUUAGAGCCCCUUACCUCUGAAACCCUUUUGGAGCCUUCCAUCUCUGAGACCCCUUUAGAGCCCCACACCUCUGAAUCUCAUCUAGAUCCAUCCACUUCCCAGGCCCCUUUAGAGAACCAUGCCUCUGAAACCUCUUUGGAACCUUCCAUCUCUGAGACCCCUUUAGAGGCCCACACCUCUGAAUCUCAUCUGGUUCCAUCCACUUCCCAGGCCCCUUUAGAGACCCACACCUCUAAAACCCCUUUGGAACCUUCCAUCUCUGAGACCCCUUUAGAGGCCCACACCUCUGAAUCUCAUAUGCUUCCAUCCACUUCCCUGGCUCCUUUAGAGACCUACCCCUCUGAAUCCCUUUUGGAGCCCUGCAUCUCUGCGAUACCUAUAGGAUACUCUGAGAUCCCUUUAGAAACCCUUAUCCCUGAGACCCUGUUGGAAACUCACAUCUUUAAGGUCCCAGAGAAACACCUCUCUUCUCCUACCCCAUCACAAGACUAUGUCCCUGUAUCCUCCCCUGAUACUCUGAAGGAAGACCUCUCUAAGUAUUCUCCCAGUGAGGUCUCAUGGUCAAGGAGGUCCAUCCAGAUCUCUGAGCCUGAGAUCCUUCAAAAGCACUCCCUUUCAAGCCCUUCAGCCCCGGUCCACCUGGACACAUCUGCAAAGGGAAAGGAAGAGGAAGGAGAAGACAAAGAGCGGGUGGAUGCCACGGACAGCACCGCAGCCAUGGCGCAGCCUGGACAACAGCUGGGCAAGACGAAGGAGAAAGGAGUUAGCCAUUACACAGUCCACCCAGUGGUCCCUGCCAAGCGAGCAGAGCUGGUGGAAGUGGCUAAGACAAUGCCCAGAGAGAAGUUUGGUGCUCAGGUGAAUUAUCUUUUCCAAUGGGAGAAGAAUGCAGCCCUAAGUACCAUCCAGACAGGUCUCUACAUUGGCUGGCGCUGCCCCCAUUACCUAUGGGACUGUUUCCGGAUUGGAGAUGAGUCCAAAUGCUUUUGUGGACACUUGUUGAAAGAGCACCAGAUCAUCUCAGACAUAUCUGUGCCCUGCAAUGUGGGCCAGUGUCGCUGCCUCAUGUUCUGCUUUAUCCCAUCACGCCCAGAGGAGGUGGGUGAGUUCUGGCUCAAAAGACGAACUACCUUUGACCCCAAGGCCUGGAGGGCCCAAUGUCGCUGCAAACACAGCCAUGAAGACCAUGCAGCUACUGGGUCCCAUCCCUGCAGGGUGAAAGGCUGUUGCUGCAACUGCUUUGAGUCUAAUUUCCUCUGUGCGGCCUGUGACCGGCGCUGGGAGGAACACGAGACUUUUUUUGAGACUGAGGAGACCCGGCGACGAGGAGGGAGGCCUCAUGGGACAGACAGUGUCAACACCUGGCGCAGGCCCCUUUGAACCUGGCUCAAAUCAGCAAUAAAAAGGAAGCCUCUGGAAUCUGGCCUGGUUCUGUAUGGGGCAGAUAGAUCCUAGCCCAGGGAUAGACACCCUAGGACCUUAGAGUUGGCACCUAAUGGGGCCAAGAGAGAGCACCACACAGGAGACAGGCUGGAUCAAGCCACCUGCCUCCACCAAACCCACAUUCAAGAUGCUAGCUCUGGCAUCAGCAGGACAGAGUGGCUUCAGGCAAGCCAAGGAGGGAGGGGGUUUCCAGAAGGAUAGAGUGAACACUGAUGUUAGAUGCAGGUGGGGAUGCCAGUAAUAAAGACUGGAAAAUGUCCAUGGGAUUUUAUAAUUAGGUCUUUGGGUACUUCAGAUAAUGUGGUUUCAGUGGUGCAGUGGAGGCAGAAACCAAACAGCAGUAAGUUUGAAAGAGUUUGUUUAGGAAGCUUGGAUGAAAAGAGCAGGAGAGAAGUCAGACAAUAUCCAGAGGGAGAUGUGGAGUCAAGGAAGCAUUUUUUAGGAGGGAAAAAAGGGGAGGAACCAGUAGAGAAAAAGAUCUUGAAGGAUGCAGAAGAGAGAGAGAUGCCUGGUGAGACAUCCCAGAGAUGGAGGGAAGGAAUGAGAUCAGGGCAGAGGUGAAGGGAUUUGCUCUGGACAGGAGAAGUACCACCCCCUAAGACCAAGAGGAAGAGAGAAAGAAAAUGAUGGGCCUUCACGGAGCUGCAGGAAGCAGGAUCUUGUGGAAGUUCCCCUGUGAAAUAGGAGACAAGGUCAGUUGCUGGUUGUGAAGGAAAGGGGUAAGAGUGGGGAGUAGGAGAUAGGAAGAGAGAGGAGAAGGCUUGGGAAGGCUAAUGUGGGGAAUCACAGAAAAACCUAAUCAGUGGGUAGCUGAGGAUUCGGGUACAGCUGGAAGCAGGAACCUAAAGAGGAAAAGAAACACAAUAGUUAGAUUGAUGGUUGAUGAUGGGAGGGUGUCAGGGAGGAUGAUCAGGAAAAGAAAGCACAAAGAAGGCUUGAGAAUGUGGAGAGAGUUGACCAUACAAACGGAAAGAAAGUAAAGCCUGGAAGCAACUGACAAAUUGAAAAAAAAAAGAACAAAGGAACAGAAGUCUCUAAUGAGGUCCAGCAGCCAAUGUAGCGGUGGGGAUCAGUACUGGAGACAGUGGUCAGAGCCUCCAGAGAGCUGCAGCUCAGAGAGCAGCUGCCAGGUAUCACAAAGGCUUGGAGUAAAGAACUGUGGGCGAGCAGCCAAAAUCAGUGACUGUGGCUAAAAUCAGGGAAUCAUAGUUAUUUUUAUGAGGAGUAGGAGAUUCUGGCACUAAUGGGCUCUGUGAUCUUAGGCAAGUCACUCUCUGGGCCUCAGUUUCUGGCUCUGUAAAAGAAUAAUCUCUGUGCUAUCUGCUCUCCCUGAGAACCCAAAGAAAUAACCAGUUUCAAAGUGCUUUGUCGUCGUCUACCGUGCCUGGCCGGUUUCCUUCCCCUUCCUAGAUGCCAGCUCCUCUUAUCUCUUGCGCUUCUCCAGAGCAGCUCCAUGUGGUCUCAGAGACACCACAGAGAACUGCAUGUAGCCUCUGGGGCACAGAAAAGGCCAGUCUACAUUUCCCCACAUUUGGGGAAGCUGUCUAUACUUCCAAAGGAAGGGAUGCAAUCUGGACUGCUAGAACUCCUAGGGGGAAAUCACAGGGUCAAAUGUCUGCCCUUUGGAGGGAAAAAGGACUUUCUAACAAUAACAUGGCUAUAGCAAAGUUUGUUACUAUCUCUGGAAGUAAAGAGUUGUUCUUGACGGGUGAUAUGCAAUGAGCGCCAUAAUGACCAUUCAUUAAAAUUAAUUCAAUAGUCAACAAUAAAGGAAUGGUUACUGUGAUAAACUCACUCAAAUAAAUAAUAUGCAGAGGGUGCCUGGGUGGCUUAGUCAGUGGGCAUCUACCUUGGGCUCAGGUUGUGACCUCCAGGUCUUGGGAUGGAGCCCUGCAUGGCAUCAGGGCUUUCUGCUCAGUGGGGAGUCGGCUUCUCUCUCCCUCUCCCUCUACCCCAUCCCACCGCUCAUUCUCUCUCUCUCUCUCAAAUAAAAUCUUAAAAAUAAAUAAGUAAAUAAAUAAAAU